ACGAGGUGCAUUGUGGGGAGGAAGUCGUUGCCAUUCGACCUCUGCGGGGCCUGCGCGGACGCAGCGAGAACCCUGAAAUUCAUUAUGCGUUUAAAACCUUUAUUUAUUUCCGCAUAACCUACAUACUCUCACCGGGAGGGCCAAAGCGGAGGGAAGAAACGACGACGGUCCAUCUCUUUCGGACGAUACAUCCUAUACAGACACAUUAUCCUUUUGGUCGGAGGGGGGGGGAUACUGUUGAGAAAGUGAAGAUUGUAAUAUAUAUUAAGAAAAAAAUGUCCGGUGAGAGAAACCGCAGGUCGCUGGCUUUCCGAGGACGUGGAUUAGCUGGGUUAACUUCCAGCGGUAUCGUUGGGGGGAACUGUAACAGCUGGGAGGCCCCGGCCUGUCAAGACCGACAGUUUAACGGGAACAGGCCGGAUCAAGAGGAGGACCGGGAUCUGGGGGCAAACGGAUCAUCGCAGAAGAGAGUGGAGGGCGCUGGGUCUGUCAGCGAUAGCACGGAACCCGAGGCGGAGGAAGAAGAGGACCCGGAAGGGGGGAGCUCGGCAGCCGGGGACGGCGACGACCGAGUCGGCUCUGUGGAAGCGGAGGACGGGUCCAGGGAGGGGAGUAGCUUGACAGCGGGGAACGGUCCCAACAACGCCGAGGACCAGGAGUCGGGAAGCGGCGAGACGGGAUCCAGGAAAUCUGGGGUAGAGAUGAGACCGCAGACGUUGCUUCAGAAACACUCACUCUUCCACGCUUCGUGGUUGCAAGAAUUUCCAUGGCUCAAAUUUUGCCAGGAGACGGGACUCAUGUCCUGUUCCUGGUGUCACAACAUUGCCACUAAAAACAGCGACGAGCUUGUGAAAGGCAGUCGCAACUACAAGCGGGCCUUGCUGCUGAGGCAUCACCUGUCUUCUGAGCACGGGAGGAAUGACCCCACCAAACAGGAGAUGGUGAGGCCCUCAGACAACACCAGCCCCUCCACUAACUGCUCAGAGGAAGACUACCGCAUCAAGCCCAAUGAGAACUCCUACUGUUACCAGCUUCUCCAGGAGCUGGACAAACAACGCAAAAGCGGCAUCCUCUGUGACGUCAAUAUAGUUGUUUCGGGCCAGGUGUUCCGCGCGCACAAGAACAUCCUGGUGGCGGGCAGCCGCUACUUCAAAACCCUCUACUGUCUGACCAAGGGUGAGGCCCAGGACCAGGCUACGGUCACACACCUGGAUGUUGCUGCUGUGCAGGGCUUCUCAGUCAUUCUCGACUUUCUAUACUCCGGGAAUCUGCUGCUCACAAGCCAAAAUGCCAUUGAGGUGAUGUCUGUUGCUAGUUACCUCCAGAUGACAGAAGUUGUACACUCGUGUAGGGCUUUUAUAAAGGACGCCCUGAAUAUCAGCAUCAAGCAGGAGGCUCCUGAUUCAGUGGUGGUGGACUACAACAAGAGGCAGAUGGUAGCCAAAGAGGGACACAGAGGACCGGACCGGAAGCCAAGCAACUUCUGGGCCACAAGCAUCCUGUCAAAGCUGUCGAUCAAGGCCAGCAACAACCAAGGAAAAGAUGCGAUGGAAGAAGACGAAGAAGGCGGCAGGGUGAAGGAGGAGACCAGCGAUAUAGAGGUGACAGUGGUUGGGGGUGAGGGCUGUGCCCUGGUGACCCCCGGAGCCUCUGGUAGCUGGGCCCACCACAACGACAACUCAUCGGAUUCAGCAGAGACCAAUCUAACACAGGCGGGGAGUGCCCAGAUGCGGGUAUUCGUCUGGAACGAGCCAGCCACAGGUGGCGCUGCAGCAGCACCCUCUGCAAUAAAACAAGAAGCACCGGACGCUGCGGCCGGCAGUGGACGGAGGAAAAAACAGACCACCACACGGCGAUUCGUGUACAACUUUCCACCAGAACCCGAAGAGGGAUUUGACGAGGGGAUGUUCGUUCAGCCCUCAGCCUCCUACCCCAGAGAGGACUUCUCCUCCCUCUCCGAAAAUGCUGAGCUGGCCAAUCAGAUCCAGUAUAGCAUCAUCCAGGACUUACAGCAAGGGGAGUCCUGGGAGAAUGGCGAGUCCUCACACCUAGCCCUCAAUAAGCUCAAGUGCCCCCACUGUAACUACAUCGCCAAGCACCGGCGCACGCUCAAGAGGCACCUGAUCAUCCACUCGGGCGUACGAUCCUUCAGCUGCGACAUCUGUGGCAAGCUGUUCACCCGCCGUGAGCACGUAAAGAGACAUUCCCUGGUGCACAAGAAGGACAAAAAGUACAAAUGCAUGGUGUGCAAGAAGAUCUUUAUGCUUGCGGCCAGCGUUGGUAUCCGUCACGGCUCGCGGCGCUACGGCGUGUGUGCGGACUGCGCCGACUCUCACCAGGCCACUCAGGAGGGCCUGGAGGCUAUGGAGGGCAUGGAGUUUCCUCGCGAUGAAGACUUCGAAGGUGAGGAUGGAGAGGACCUGGAGGGGGAGGAACCCACCGACAACGACCAAUCAAAUUGGGGUGAGGGCAACUCCGGUGCUGCCCCAGAAGAGGACUAAGAAUUUUAACAAGCUUGAGAAACAAAAUAAAAAAAAGUUGAUGUUUAAUAUAUAUGUAUACAAAAACUUAGCUGGUAAACAAUCAACUCCAAAGUGCUAUCAAACCUUGAGGUUACUUAAUUGUGCAAGUAUACGACAAAGAGAUGGAUUUAAAAAAAAAAAAGCUUUGGUAAAAUGGGAACUCCAAGAUGUACAGAUUUUCUUAUUGUUAAAAUGUGUCCAACUCUGGGCCCAGCGCCCACAAGAGAAAGAUUAAUAAUGACGAAUAAUAUGAUAAAUCAGGUUUUUGGUGAUGUGCUUUUAUUUCCUGUUUUUCGGGGGAAAGUUGGGUAGGUGGGUGAUAGUAGAGUUGGGGUAGGCCAAUCAUCUAAAAAAAAUAAGUGAAAUGUUAAUUAUUUAAUUUAUGAAGAGAGGUUAUUAUGGUCUUAUCAAAUGCUAUAAUUUUAAUUUCUGUUGUUUUUGUCUGCAGGCAGAGGCACAGUAAUGGCUGUCGCUUUCUGCACAAUCUGAACGUAUAUUGCUUGGUGCUUGUAGAAGUACACAGAAGAAGAGCAUUAUUGUCCACAAGAAGAUUUUUAACUUGCUCUGUAGAUCUUGUUUAGAUGCGCUAAAUAUUAUUAUAUUCUUUUUUUUUUCUAUUUUUUCUUUCCCUGCACAAAUCUUGGAACCAAAAAAUCUGUUUUGUGACUCUAAUGUAUCACAGCCAUAUUUAUGAUUAAUUUAAGAGGGCUGCGAUAUUGUGCCAAACAGACCGCACACCAAGAUUUAGCAGGAAACAAAAACUACUGAAUACGCUUUAAAAAGAAAAAAAAAGACAACGUGAGGUUUUUUGUUAAGCGGGAAAAAGAUGAAUUUAAAAAAAAAAAAAA